AUGGCCCCUAGCUUACGAGAUUUGAUUGAUUUCCUGUUGGCGGAGAUUGCGCUCUGCGGUGAUCAAGGCGCUACUCCGGCAGACAUCUUGAAGUCUAUUAACACAUUUUACGCCAAGGCGGCGCAAGAUGCAUCUAAUCGCAAUCAUAGCGUCGAUCGGCGGUUUCAGGAGAAGGUGUGGUCCUGGCUGACGAGAAACCCCGAAGUCUCCGUCGGCACAGAUAGAGAGGGAAAUCACCUGACUCUGGACGAGGCGGAGGGUCGUGGACAAAUCAACCAGGAGACCGAAGCAGCAUCUCCAUCAUCUCGCGAUGUGGUUCGAGUUUUUGUUUCUGAAGAAAGAACUUGGCUUGCGAUCACUGGCCAUGAGCGAGACGACUCCAGGGUCUUUUCGACCGAGUUUGCCCUCUUGUCCAUCAUCGCAUCACACAGAGAGAAAGGUAUCGUUCAGACGGACCUCGUCAGACUCAGUGGCCAAGACAAGCGGUCGGUCCCCAAGCGGACGGACGUGCUCCACCAAAAAGGCUACAUUGAUAAACGUGCCAUCCAGAUCAAAUCCGUGCGGACGAGUUUAUGUACUUUGCGGAAGUUCGUGACCACCGAUGUGUCGCCACUAGACGCUGAUGCUGCAGGCCAGCAAUCGAACGGACUACCACAUGGGCAAGUGAUGGACUACAAGGAAUUUGUCGAAAAACUUUUCGAGAUUCUUGGGGAGUACAAAAUUGUCGGUCGUAAUGACUUGAAGAACCUUCUUGGCUUCACCGACCGCUGGCGAUGGAGAAUUCUCUCGCGCGCGCUGCGCAAGUGUGAGCGCCUAGGUGUUCUCAAGCGAGUCAAGGCCCUGACGCAAUAUGCCGAUACCUUCAACAAAUACCAUCCUUGUGUCCUGCUUAUACGUCAACCCACGAAGCGAGAAUUUGAAAUGUUGAAUGAGUUUAGUUUGAACUUCACGACGGAUUUGGGACAUGAGGGCAAUGUAGAGCUGGACGAGGAUAUCGACAUGAAUGAUGAAGGGCUGGAGUCCUCGUCGUUUAAUGAACCCCAGGCAUUGGGUAUGGUCAAGAGAGAAGAGGAUAUGGAGGAAGCUGGCAGAAUGGUCCCUACUUGGACGCCAGAUCGCAACAUUCAUAAUCAGAUCUUUGAGGCGGUUGACAAGGCAGGAACGCCGGGAAUUACCAACAUUGACAUCAUCAGAACGUGCUUUGGAGGCUUCUUUCGCCGACCACUGGAAAAUGCGCUGGGCCGCCUCGUCGCAUGCUGGCAGCUGUCCCAACCACUACACCUACGCCAUCUGGCUGUCGUACGAGACACGGCCCUUCGCCGGACCAUAACUCACUAUAUCCACUACACCGCGACCAAUUUCCGUAAGCUUGUCGAUGCGGAAGAGUCAACGUGGGAGGCCGUCGAAUACAGGCCCAAAAGCACAAAAGGGUCCACCCUCCGGGUACCGCCAGUCGAUGCAUCACCAGAACUUGAUGAGUUUGGCUUCUCGAUUGACAUUCCCCGGAAGGAAUUGUUCAGACACGGAAAUGCUACUCUCAUGGAAUGCAUGUUCAGCGCUAAACCCUCCGACUAUAGCUGCACGUCCACUGACCUCAAGGCGAUGCAAAUAGAGGGCGAUACGUAUGCAAUUCACUAUGGACAGAAGUAUUUCGAAGUGUCGCACCCAGACAAAUUGCUUACACCGAAGAAGCCGCGAGCUAAACGCCGCAACCCUGAUGUAGAGAUGGAAGAUGGUUCAGCAAAGGUGGUUUCAGUUAAUCGGGGCGCCGGAAAGAAAAGGGAAGAUGCCAGCCGUUUCAUCGGCAUGUCUGAAAAGGAGAAACUUGAAGCACUUGGCUUGGAUGAGACAUGGACCGAAUACAGCGUGUUGCUCAUAGAGCGGUCUCAACCGGGUGUAUAUGUCACGCCUCGUGGACGGCGAAGACCCGCUGGAAAGCGACAGGGUCGUCCGAGAAUCAGUCGUCUUGCCGUUUUCAGAUCUCCGAAAAUGGGAUCAUUCCCAUGGUUUGUCAAAGAGAAGAAGGAUGAAGAAGAGUAUGAAGAUGAAGAUGAAGAUGCCGCAGAGACCCGCCAAUCUUCGCGAGGCGAAAGCAUCGAUUCAGCAUCUGGAACAACACCGGCGGUCGUGCCCGAGGAACAGCCACCUGCGCAUGUCGACGAGCCGACAGAAACACCAAGCAGAGGAACUAGAGCAAAUCUGCGGCGCCGUGCUUCGUUCAACGAGGAUCCAGAAUCAGGACCCGGCAGAUCUCACAAGCAUCGGCGUCUCAACGGGACUACUGUAGUCUCUCCUACUCUCAAUGCGAAUUCCAACCAAUUGGCUGAGAAGCGGGCCGAGCAUGAAGAGCAAGAUGAAAGCACGCCGGCGAGACGAUCGAAGCGGCGAAGAGUAGAGUCUCCCGCACGCGACACACCCACGGCACCUGUUGAUAAGGUGUACAGGUCGGAAGAGAGUACCGGUAGGACACCAUCGAAAAAAACAAAUCAGGUCAAAGAGUCCCGCAAGUCGCCUCCUGCUAUCGACGACCAGCCACAAGAAUCCAAUGGGACGGCCAUUGCUGACGAUAAAGCAAGCGGGAAUGCCGUCGGUACUGUCUCCACAAACGGCGCUCAGCCAGAGACCCCCACGGCAUAUGUCCGUUCCCAUCAAUCCCCUGCUACAGAGAAAAAGCCUACCAUCUCGCAAGCCGCGGAAGAGUUGCCGCUCAAGAAAAUGCCCGAGAGAGGCGGAUCAGUUAAUAUGCUGCGCAGGAAGAUCAUCCUGGAUAUCUUACAGCAGGCUGGAGGGGCAUUUCCAGGGGGCUCUGAGCUGUGGUAUCCAUUUACCCUUGCGUGGAGUAAAUUGAGAUACAAUGGGAAGCCUGAUCUCAGAACUAUCAGGAGCACAGUCAAACACAUGAUCGACGCUGGUAAAUUACGCCAACAUACUUUUAGUGGCAGAGACAGCAAAGGGAUCAUGGUGACAAAAUCCAUAAUCAGCAAAACGGACUUGCAACCAGAAGCCCCUAUCAUAAAAGAUUUGCAGAGGAAAAUGUUGGCCGCAGAUCCCCGACGACCCUACAUCCCAGAGAGUGUCGAAUUCGACCGGGAAAUGUCCAAGAGCGGUCGAAGAUCUACGCAGAGCAAUGAGCCUGGAUUGUCUCGUGGCGCUCCUAUUGAGGAGGGGAUUACAGUACAGCUGCAUCAGAAACCCGGAUUUGUCUUGGCUGCAGAAAGGAGGAAAGGUCUGAAUAUCGAGCGACGACUGUUUGAAAGACUGGCGGCUGGAACGGACCUUAUGCGAAAACCGCCGCGACUGAUGAAAAUCAGUCGCCGUUCAACCGAAGACUCCCUGCAGAGCCUUACAUCUAUUACCAGACCAGAGAAGGCUAAACUCGAUGGCGAUGCUGCGGCACUUCGCCAGCGACGACGUCGAACCGCGACAUCCUCUCAUGCACCACUGCUACCGGGUGGUUCGAUUCCCCGUCGCAAAAUGGCGGGUCGUCUCAGCAUCCCCUUAUCCGCCAUGGGCCCCUACGCCAUGGUGAUGAAUCCAAAGCAGACCUACCAUGCAAAGUCUGGGACCUAUGCUACUCAUGCCGGGCUUAUUUCUUUGCAGAUUCCCAAGAACUGGGAUACCCAGCCUGAACAGCCUGAAGUAAGGGACGAAAAUGAGCAUGAAUCCGGAAAAGAGUCGGAAUCGGAAUCUGAAAUCGAACUCGAUCAAGGACCUACCCUGCCCAAGUCUCUUGAUGAUUUAUUCAACAUGACACGGCGCCGCAUUAUGGAUUAUUCUGAAAUGGAUGACCCUCGGUCGAGAAGGUUCUUCCUCGACAAUAGGGUCAUUCUGAAAUGGGAGCUGCAAAACGAAGACCUGCUCCGGAAUCAAUCUACCGAGGACCUGCAGUACAUCAACCAAACCGUGACAAAUCUUUUCAGUGCACCAAUCCAGGGCAAUAUACGAUUUGACAAUGACGAGCCUAAACCUCCAGCUCGGCCGCCACCGGAACCGAAAACGACUAGACGAGCAGCGCGUCGCCUGCUACCCGCUGAACCUGCCAUGUCGCCUCCCAAUAGUCAGGAGAGGGAUCUGCCUCGGAAUUAUCAGCGGCGCAAAUAUGAACAUGUGCCACAGCCACAGAACCGACGCUUGAAUAAGUUAUUGCAGGGCGAAGUCACUGCUUCGGCAGCCUCUGCACUCCAUUCACCGUCUCCAUCCCGAGCGAUUCGUCGGAAUCGGGUUGCCAAUCAAUUGCCUGAGGCGCUGGUGCAGAAGAUCAUGACCGCAAUGGUCGUAAUUCGCACACUGGCCAGUGGCUCUGAUGCUCGGCUCAUUGACUGGAAUCUUUUGUCAUAUUGCUUUCCAGACCAGGACCCAGUCUACAUCCAGGACCGAGCAAAGGUGAUCCUCAACCGGAUGCGACUUCCGAUAGCUAAGAUGCAGAAUGAUUUCCAGGAGCUCUACCUGGAUGCGUACGAGCACGGCCGGGUUCCCCCAAUCAACUACGAUGACCUUGUGAACUAUGACUGGGAAUGGAUCGUUGACUGGGCGACCGAACAGCUGGAAGUGCCCCGGCCGGAAAAGCUCCCGUAUCUUCCCGCAACGCGCAAACAAUUCGACAGUUUGUUCGAGAUCCGGGAAGAGGCUCCCCCUUCGUUGGACGACAUCUACCAGACCAAUAACUCCGUUACCGUCCAGCGGCGGCGCACGCUCUUCGCCGGAAUAUCUUUUGCGAUCCCCGUGGCUAACAAGCCAGCCAAGAUGACCGUUCGACAGGCCGAGCUUGCUCGUCUCGACGUGGCUAAAACAUGGGUUCGCGCCAAUGUCAUCACCCCUGACGAGGCGUACAACUCCGCAACUGCACGACAAAUUCUCAGCCGGCUGGGCGAGAAACUCGUCGACCAGGCCUUACAGUCGCUCAUCACGGAACGGGUGCUCUGCACCGGCAACAAGGGCCGAGUCGUUCCGGGUCGCAACUACGAUGUCACCGAGCUCUUUUUGCACUCCCUUGGACGCAAACGCGCCAUCGAGGCGACUGAAACGAGACGUGCCGCCCAUUUCAAGACCGAGAUUCUGGACCCGGCGCUUCGAAAGCAAGGCGUAUUUGACGUCUCUUACAGCGCUGAAGACGGUGAUAUCCUCGCACUGAUCAACCUCUACGUUACAGGCAGAGUUAUGCUGCAGCCUCGAGACCCGCCCCGCGACAAAUACGGUCUUACUGAUGGCGGAUAUCUGACCCGGCUGAUCGAUAAGCAGAAGCUGCGGUUCCCCAUCGAAGUCCGUCCGGUCAAGGGCAAGUACAUAUUCGGGGAUCCGAUCGAGGAAGCUAGGUCCAACAUACCAGCACCUAAGCUGCCCGCGACUAACUUCGACGCGCCGGACCCCGUGUUCGAGAAGAUUCCUCUGUGGCAUGACAUUCAUGGGAAAUUCGUCGAUAAGCUGUGGGAGUUGGCGCUGGCGGCCGUGGUGGGAUGUGUUGCCACCCGACCUGGGAUAAAUGCGUCCGGCAUCGCUAGCAUGAUGAGGCCGAGUUUAGGAGCUUGGGAGAUUGAACUGAUGCUGGAGUGGACGUGUGAGGUAGGAGUCAUGCGUCGACGUGGCGAUGGGUGGUUUGUCCAGGAGUGGUGGUGGAUGUUGGUUCGUUAG